GUGAGGAGGACCAUUGUAGUGCGGUUGGCGUGCGAGAGGGUCGCGGCCGCGAUGAACUGACAGAUGAAAUAGUGGCUUGAAAGAAAAAAUAAAUAUUAAAAUAACCCCCCCCCCCCCCCCAAAAAAAAGCAAGAAAGCCGACUGUUCGACAACGAGAAACAAUGUUCCCGAAAGGCAAAGGAACCCCGGUGCCCUCGGACGGCCAAGCACGAGAAAAGUUGGCUCUUUACGUCUAUGAGUAUUUGCUUCAUAUAGGAGCACAGAAGUCUGCACAGACCUUUUUGUCAGAGAUACGAUGGGAGAAGAACAUAACGCUCGGAGAACCCCCCGGAUUCCUGCAUUCCUGGUGGUGUGUAUUCUGGGACUUGUACUGCGCUGCGCCGGAGAGGAGAGAGACAUGUGACCACUCCAGUGAAGCCAAAGCCUUCCACGACUAUAGUGCAGCAGCAGCCCCCAGCCCUGUAAUGGGAGGGAUGGCCCCUGGUGACGGCAUGCCGGGAGGACCCGUGCCACCCGGAUUUUUCCAGGGUCCUCCCGGUCCCCAGGGCUCUCCUCACCCUCAACCUCCUCCCCCUAACAAUAUGAUGGGACCCCACAGUCAGUCCUUCAUGUCGCCUCGCUUCGCCGGAGGGCCGAGAGGUCCCCCCAUCAGGAUGACAAACCAGCCACCAGGGGGAGGACCCGGCCCACAUCCCAUGUUGCCUAAUAUGGACCCCACGCGACCACAAGGUCAUCCUAACCUGGGGCCCAUGCAGAGAAUGAGCGGCCCGCGGGGCAUGGGGCCGAUGGUGCCCGGCCCGCAGAACUUCGGUGGCGGGAUGAGGCCCCCACACAACGCCAUGGGUCCCGGCAUGCCGGCAGUCAACAUGGGCCCAGGGACCGGUCGGCCGUGGCCCAAUCCUAACAAUGCUAAUUCUAUGCCUUACUCGUCACCGUCUCCCGGCGCGUACGGGGGCGCAUCCGGGGGAGGACCACCAGGGACUCCCAUCAUGCCCAGCCCUGCAGACUCCAACAACUCUGGAGACAAUUUGUACACCAUGAUUAACACUGGACCCGGCAAUCGAAAUAACUUCCCGAUGGGCCCCGGCUCUGAUGGACCCCUGGGUGCCAUGGCCGGGAUGGAACCACACCACAUGAACGGCUCACUAGGCUCAAGUGAUCUGGACGGAAUGAACAAGAAUUCUCCAAACAAUUUAAGUGGCAUUAGCAAUCCUCCCGGGACCCCAAGGGAUGAUGGAGAGCUGAGUGGGAACUUCCUCCACUCCUUUCAGAGCGAGAACUACUCUCCCACCAUGACGAUGAGUGUGUGACGCGCCCCCGCUCCCAUCCUCCUCUCUCCCUGCCAGCCUUACCCUUCGUAAUUUGCCAUCAUUCCAAGGAUUCGAACCCCCGCACAUCCUUCCUAUCAGGCACGGCCAAACGCAUCAGCAAAGAAUCAGGGAUCCGCACUUGACGCCAGAAACGCUGGAAGACGGGGAAACAAAACGGCCAUCGCGCGACGAAACCAGCUACUGAAACGACCGACCGAUCGACGACGGCGACACGUCCCCCGACACGCAGGACCCCGCCCUAGAGCCGUGGUUUACCUCUUUUCUGAAUGAAUUUGUGCAGGAAGCGUCUCCCUUCUCGGGCUCGGGUCCACUUCAAACACUGGAGAGUGUACAUACAUGUACAUGUGCAUCGUGAGCUUUUCUCAGUCAGUUUUUAUUUUAUUUUUUUAUUUUAACGCGCCUGUGUCGCCACUUGCUCAGCCACCAUACAGAUGGACAUUUUCAUGUGCAGUGUUCCCCCACAUAUUUGGGAUUCGCUACUUGCAAAUUUGGAGAUUUUUUUUUUUUAUCCUCUGGUUUGUGGACAAGCUCACAUUUGCCAUGUUUGUGCUCAGGCCAAAAGCCCUGUCUAGUAUAAAAGUAGUGUUUUGGCGGCAUCUUGAUGCCAAGGAACUAUGUUGGAGUAAAGGGGAGGCGAUUUCACUAGUAAGACAAAACCCCUGUUGACUAUAAAAGUAGUUCUCUGGCGCCAUCUUUUAUUAGAUUGGCCAAAUAGAAAAAAGUAUUGCUUUGCUGCCAUCUUGUGGCAUUUAUAGGCAAUUAUAUACCUGAAGUGGGGAGCGUCAAUUACUUACAGAUUUUGGGUAUUCGUUAUGUAUAGUGGGGGAACACUGUUGUUUUGGACUCUUUGUCUUCAAGCUAGUCGGAAUUUAUAAUGAAAGCUGAUGCGCCCUAAAAACUGCAGAAUAUUGAUGUGUUUUAGCCUUUUUUUUUUUUUUUUUUUUUUUUUUUUUUUUAACUGCUUUUAAAGUUUCCCAUUAGGUCCGUCCGGAUAACAGACGUGGGCCCAAUAAACGAAUGCGGACACUUAUGCAAAGCAGUUUGAGCAUUUAUUCCAUCUCCAGCUUCAGGGCCAUGUCCCAGUACGCACGUUGCCCUCACUAGUAAGACGAUUCGGUGCACUAGUAGAACAACUGUCCUACAAGUAGCACGUUUUUUCCACUACGUUGUGACAUUUCUGCAAACUAGUAGGAUAAUUAUGGCAUACUCAUAGAACGACUACAUACAAAGCUGUGCACUAAUUGACAUUUGUGCAGUAUUAGUACUACUAGUGAAGUGCUAGAUCAGGAGUCACAAACCUUUUGGAAACUGAAAGCUACUUUGGUACUGAUUAAUGCAAAGGGGCUACCAGUUUCAUACGCACUUCUGAAAUUAAAAAAAAAAAAUCAUCACCUUGAGUUAUGUUAUUAAUAUUUAUCAAUGUGAAGACAGAUCAUGUUCAUGAUGUGAUGUAAAAAGUGGAACUAGUAGUGGAAAAACAUUACGAGUAAGACAGCUGUUCUAGUAGCAUGCUGAAUUGUCUUACUCGUGUGGUCUAGGAGUGUACUAGUACAUGGAUUUGAACUAUAUGCUCAAAUGGCUUUCCAUAUACAUGGUAGUAGUGCACAACAUACUACCUAGUGCUGCCCCCAAGUGGACUCCUGCUUUUAAAGAUUUGGUUUUUUUCCCCCCAAGUUUUAAUUUUUAAAAAAAUUAUUAUUAUUAUUUUACUGUGGUCAUGGCGUCACUUGUUUUUCCCCACCCGCGCUUUUUUUUUUUUUUUUUUUGUUGUAAUAUUUUGAUCCAAUCUUGGAGUCCGUAUAUUGGCCAAGUUAUCCCGAGUUCGUCGACGCGUUCCAAGCGGAUUCUGGUCGCUGCCGUUCUAAACUCAGCAGGAGUCGUGUAAUUGUGAUGAUGCAUUAUUUUUAUUCCCUUUUCCCUUUCCUGUGAACAUUACAGACGUCUGUCCUGUUGUCUUUUAUUUGCUUAUAUUUUUUUAUUUCAAAAUUGAGGAAAGAUUGCUUGUUAAUAUAAUUUUACAAUAACUUAA